AUGUCAGAUUCCAAGAAGACAGAAGGUUCAGGUGAUGGAGGGAAUGUUUCACAAAUGUCAGAUUCCAAGAAGAGAGAAGGUUCAGGUGAUGGAUGGAAUGUUUCACAAAUGUCAGAUUCCAAGAAGAGAGAAGGUUCAGCUGAUGGAGGGAAUGUUUCACAAAUGUCAGAUUCCAAGAAGAGAGAAGGUUCAGGUGAUGGAGGGAAUGUUUCACAAAUGUCAGAUUCCAAGAAGAGAGAAGGUUCAGCUGAUGGAGGGAAUGUUUCACAAAUGUCAGAUUCCAAGAAGAGAGAAGGUCCAGCUGAUGGAGGGAAUGUUGCAAAAAAUAAUCAGAGCCCAAGACAACAGAAGGUUCAGCUGAUGGAGGGAAUGCUGCACAAAAUUCUUAUUCAAAGAAGACACAAGGGCCAGCUAAAUUUGACUCUGUGUAUUGCUUCAGGACCAAAAGCCAAUGAUGAAAAAGAUCCACAUACCAGGAGCCGUUUCCCAGAUACUAGUCAAAACCAGAAGCAAGGUACUCCAGAUGAAAAGGACGGAGACAUACUUAACGAAGGAAAAGAGAAUAAGUUUAAGCCUGACACACAUGAUAGUUCAGCGGAAGAAACAAAAGAGAAAGAAGGGAGUGAAGAACACCCUAAGCCAAUCAGUAAAGAACCUAGUGGAAGUGAUGGAAUACAAAGUUCCCCAAGUACCAAUACUGGAACCACAGGAGGUCGAGCUGGUGAUUCAACAGACCAACCAACUACAGAAACAGAAGCAGAAGAAACACAAGGCAGUGUUGUCAAUCAGUCUGAUGAAAGGGUGAGAAAACAACAGAACAAUUCUCGCAGCAAACCUUAUGAUGCUUCAGCGAGGCAAAAACGGGGUCGAGCUGAUGGAAGUGGCAGAGGGCAAGGUUCUCCAAGUCCUGGGUCCACAGGGGAUUCACAUGAUGGCUCAACAGAACAAACAGUGAUGCCAGCAGUUACUGGUACAGGGUCAUACAUUUUUAAAGGAGAAGGCCGUACAGACGCAAAGAAAAUAUUGCCAGAAACCCCCAAAACAGACAAACCAAACACACAUACGAGGAACCAAGAUAUGAAACCAGAGGAAGGCCUGUCUGGGGGUGACCGCGAUAAAGCAAAAGAUGCUCCAGUCACUUAUCUUCAAAGUGAUGGAGGGAAUGUUGCUCAAAGUUCUGAUCCAAAGAAGACAGAAGAUUCAGCUGAUGGAGAAAAUGUUGCACAAAUGUCCGCUGAUGGAGGAAAUGUUGCACAAAGGUCAAAUCUCAAGAAGACAGAAGAUUCAGCUGAUGGAGGAAAUGUUGCACAAAAGUCAGCUAAUGGAGGGAAUGUUGCACAAAGGUCAAAUCUCAAGAAGACAGAAGAUUCAGCUGAUAGAGGAAAUGUUGCACAAAAGUCAGCUGAUGGAGGGAAUGUUGCACAAAGGUCAGCUGAUGAAGAGGAUGUUGCACAAAUGUCAGCUGAUGGAGAGGAUGUUGAACAAAGGUCAGCUGAUGAAGAGGAUGUUGCACAAAGGUCAGCAGAUGGAGGGAAUGUUGUACAAAGGUCAGCUGAUGGAGGAAAUGUUGCACAAAGGUCAGCUGAUGAAGAGGAUGUUGCACAAAGGUCAGCUGAUGGAGGGAAUGUUGCACAAAGGUCAGCUGAUGAAGAGGAUGUUGCACAAAAGUCAGCUGAUGGAGGAAAUGUUGCACAAAGGUCAGCUGAUGAAGAGGAUGUUGCACAAAGGUCAGCUGAUGGAGGGAAUGUUGCACAAAGGUCAGCUGAUGGAGGGAGAGUUGCACAAAGUUCAGCUGAUGGAGGGAGAGUUGCACAAAGGUCAGCUGAAGGAGGGAGUGUUGCACAAAGGUCAACUGAUGGAGGGAAUGUUGCAGAUCCCGAGCUGACAGCAAAUUCAAUAAAACACCAAGAUAUGAGGCAAUUUGUUGAAAAAGAUGUAAUGGAGCAUGUUAAUGGAGCAGACGCAAGUACAAAACAUACCAUGAGUGAUAUGUCAGAUAUGAGACAAAACCAGAGCCAAGAUACAACAGAUGAAAAAGACAGAAAUGGACUUGAGAAAGAACUUAAGCCUGAAACAAAAGAGAAAGAAGCGAGAGAAGAACACCCUAAGCCAACCAGUAAAGAACCUAGUGAAAGUGUUGGAAUACAAAGUUCCCCAAGUACCAAUACUGGAACCACAGGAGGUCGAGCUGGUGAUUCAACAGACCAACCAGAUACAGCUUCAACAGCUGAACUCCACAAUAAAGGAAUACAACCACAGGCUCCCACAUUUGUACUCUACAAUAAAGUAAUACAACACUAUGCUCCAACAACUGUAUUCUACAACAGGGAAAUACAACAACAGGCUUUAACAGCUACACUCUACAACAGAGAAAUACCAAAAGGCAUCCACAGCUGUACUCCACAAGAGUCAUUUAACAACAGCCCAAACAGCUGUAUCCCACAACAGCGUAAUACAUCCAUAGGCUCCAAAGGCGGAACUCCACAAAUGGGUAAUAUAACUACAGGCUCCACCCGGUGUUCUCUACAACAGAGUAAAACCAAAAUGGGCACCGCUGAGUCUACCACAUAG